AUGAGCGCAAUCGAGGCGCUGUACAUCUUCGACGAGCACAACAACCUGCUCUUCAACCAUGUCUACACUGGACGGCCUCCUCCACCCUCGACUCUCCUUCCCUUAUACCUCCAACAGUCCUCACCGAGACCUAGCGUCACUUACAUAACCUCCACCAAUCCGCCGACGACCGUCUUCUCCGUGAUCCAGGACAACUUGCUUUUCCUGUCACCAUCACCGAACGAUACUGAGCCUCUACUCGUCCUCGAGUUCGUUCACCGAUUCGCAGACGCAUUGGAAGAGUUCCUUGGAAGUCCAUUGAUAGCAACAAAGCUCAGCGCCAACUAUGACAUUGUCGCACAAGUCGCGGCCGAGAUGGCCGAUUCUGGUAUUAUCUGCCAGGGAGAAGCGAAUGCGUUGAGAGAUGUGGUGGAGACUGGGCCUGGCGUAUUGAACAAUCUACUUGGAAAAGUUGGACUACCAGGCGGAAGUCCUGGAUUACAACCAGUUGGAGCUUCAGGCCUGGCCAGACCUCUGGCCCAGUCUCAGACGAGUCAAGGCUCUGCGAUACCAUGGCGCAGAAGCAAUGUGCGGCAUACCAGUAACGAGCUGUAUGUGGAUAUUGUGGAAACACUGUCUGUGACGCUCGCACCUUCUGGACGACCGCUGUCGGCUUUCGCACAUGGCAGCAUUGCGUUCACGUCGAAGGUCAGUGGCGUGCCUGAUUUGCUUCUGAGUCUAUCUACUGGCGGGAAAGGAGCUGGAAUGGGCUCGCGAGGUGACCAACUACGGACAGUCAUGGAGCGAGCGGUCUUCCAUCCGUGUGUCAGGCUCAAUACAUGGAAGAAAGACGGGGUAUUAUCGUUUGUACCACCAGAUGGCAGGUUCGCUCUCUGUGGGUACGAAACAGACUUGCUGGGUCCGGAUAUUGCUCUCACGACCACGAAAUCAAGUUCAAGCAACUUGAGCCUUCCUGCAAAUAUUGAAAUGACGACCGGAUUGGGAUCUUCUGGUACAGAGUUCGAGGUUCGGGCGAGACCAGACUCCAGCUCCAGAUCAGCUGCUACGGCAUCACUGCAAUCGAAUCUUGGAUCCGGACGUGGUGGAUUCAGACAGGCUCCUGUCGGCGACUCCAAGUCCCCGGCCUUGGAAGAUUUGACCAUCCAUAUUCCCAUACCGCCGAACGUAAGGAAUGUGAGUGAGAUGCGGCCAACCAAAGGCGAGGCGCAUUGGAAUCCUGCUGAAGGGACCGUGGAGUGGAAGAUACCACCCAAGGACUUCGGCCCAGGCGGUGCCGUAUUGCGGUGCACCGUUCAGGGUAUGCUGUCAGACGAAGACGCGGAUAUGGGUAUCACGAAUGGCAUGACGGCCACGACAUACGAUUAUGAUGAAGAUACGCCUGGGGCAUACCAAUCACAGUCAGAGAAGGUCGCUCCUACGCAUUCUCCAGCCAACGGUACAGAUUCGCGAAAAGCAGAGAGAAACAGGGAUUUGAUGCCCACAUCAGCAACACUGAGUUUCGGCCUGAAAGGCUGGCUGGCGAGCGGCUUGAAGGUGGAAAGUCUGCUGGUUGAUACCAAGAAGAGCCGCGGGCUGGGAGCGGAAAUCAGGCCGUACAAAGGCGUCAAGUACCUUACCGUCAGCCGGCAGGGUGUAGAAAUCAGAUGCUAG